AUGGAGCAGAAGAUCAGCUCCUUCUUUAAUUCCAUCCUGGAGCUCAUCCGUACCAAGCAUGAGGAAGGCAUCUUCAACACUGUGUGCCUGGCUGUGCUGUUGGGUCUGCCUUUUGUCGUCCUCAUUGCAUUCAUUUUCAUCUGCUGCCACUGCUGCUUCUGUAGCCGGCAGGGAGAAAGCAGGAGGAAAGGUGGCCCCAGCAGCAAUGGGCAGCUGCACGCUGAGAGGAACAAGAAGAAAAAGAAAAAGAAGAGGGAUGAAGAGGAUCUGUGGAUUUCUGCUCAGCCCAAGCUACUCUUGCUGGACAAGAGACCUUCCUUGCCCAUCUAG